GUAGACCAAAGAUUAUGUGUGUAGCAAAAUGCUAGGGGACAAUCUGUAGCUUCCCCGAACCCAUGAUCCCAGCUUGCUAAAUAGCUUUUCUCGUCUAUCAAUGUCACUAUACUUUAUUUAUACUCCUGCUUUCUACUCUGACCCUACUCUUGGCAACCAACCAUCAAUAUCAAUUGUUUCUUAUCCUGGAAAAAUCUUCUUGCCCUAUCGUUUUGCUCGUCAUCACGAAAUGCAAUGUCCAGUACUCAUACGUGCCAUUUAUGCACAUAAUCUAUAACCUGGUCACGACACCGAACAAACAAACGGACAGGCGGAAUAGUGCGCGAUAUUUCAAUUUCAAGAUUGCAUCGAAUUGGAUAAGAUUCAAUAUAGAGUAAUGGUAGAAGGCCACCUGCAUGAUAAGGGUGUAUAUGCACGCAAGCACGCCGUGUUGGAACUGGGAAGCUGAGUUACCGUUAGCAUCAGGAUGAUUGAGUGAGAGUAGGUAGCAGGAGGAGAAAAAAGCUUUUCCUCACGGGAUAUCGUGUAAGCGAUUAUUCUGUGACAAUGAAGAGUGUGAGGGAGGAUAGACAAGGCCGAAAGGAUGUAUUCAUUUUCACCCAAUUGCAACCUCAAUAUAUCUUCGGUGCAAUAUCCGGAGCUAUGUAUAUGUAUGUAUUGACGGGCAUUAUUUCAAUAGGCAUGCCUUGUGGGUUUCAAACUAUUGAGCACUUAAUACGGGGGUACAUGGGCAUGAUAUGGCAUGAGCAUGGUACUUUCGGGGAAUGAGAGAGGGUGCCGUUUCCUCGGGAAAAAAAUGGAAAGGGCGAGACAAGAGAGACGAGUAGACGAAUGAUACAUCGUUACAUGUGAGCGGCAGUACGGCCCGCAUGGAUGCAAACAAUCAGUGCGUUCAUUUCAGCCAAUCGCAUCAUGGAUAAUUCCAUAUCGACAUCUGGUUGGGUUAUCUCAAAGUUGAAACUCUAGAACCCUUAAUUCAAAUUCUUCGUAUUCCCAUGUCGGUUGUUGCGCUUUGCCUAGCAAUUGUUGGUUAAUGCUGCUGCUCGUGUUAGACGGUUGUUGGAUGCGUCGUGCUCUGAUAGUUGCUGGUUUCCUUGCCACGCCUACUUACUUUAAACUACCCCCGAUGGAGUACGGAGACUUCUAAAUGAAGAGACUCCAUUGGUGAUGUUGAAAAAGGGUAGUAACUCUCCAAGACUGUCAUGUUAAACAUCUAUCUUGUUAUAACCAUACAUAAGGUCUCGAUUCAGACAACGAAUGAUCGAGA